AUGUUUAAAACCUCCACUCCACAAGUUGCUAAGAAGUGUGGAAUUUGCAUUUCAACUGAUCACUACACUGAUGAAUGCCCUAGCUUGAUGGAAACUAAUGUGGAAAACUCAUCCCAAGCUUUUGCUGCGAACACGUUUGGAGGAAAUAGAUCAUACCAGAAUUGUCAUGAUUCAUCCUCCAAUAGGUAUCAACAGAACAUGCAACCUUAUGUUCCACUUCAACAAAGGCAACCUUAUGUUCCACCUCAACAAAGGCAACCUUAUGUUCCACCUCAACAAAGGCAACAAUCUCAACCUGAAAUGUCAUUGCAAGAUUUCAUGAAGACGAUGCUUGAGCAAAAUUCAGAAAUCAAGAAAUCAAUUGCAGAGUUGACUCAGAGGGUUGAUAAGUUAGAGACCAAGGAAUCAAACAAAAUGCCAGCACAAACAGUGAUCAACCCGAGGAAUGUGAAUGCUAUCACUUUGAGAACGGGAAAACAAGUAGAAGGCCCUGACGGAGCCCAAGAGGAUGAAGACAAGGAGGAAGAAGAAGCACAAAUUGAUGACAAUAGAGGACCAAAUGAAUCAUCACCUGAGACUACCAUUGAAAAAUUCAGGCGCAUUGAGGAUAAUGAGGUUGUGAAUUUGGGAAGAAAUGUGUCAAGCUUGGUAAAGAAGCAUAUUGAAAUACCACAAAAAUGCAAAGAUCCAGGUAUGUUCUCUAUUCCUUGUGUUAUUGGAAAUUCAAAGUUUGACAAUGCUAUGCUAGAUUUAGGAGCUUCCAUUAAUGUAAUGCCUUUAUCAGUUUUUACUUCUCUAUCUCUGGGACCUCUUAAGACUACAGGUGUGGUCAUUCAAUUGGCCAACCGUAGCACAGUUAACCCUGCAGAUGUGCUUGAGGAUGUGCUUGUCCGAGUAGACAAGUUAAUUUUUCCUGCAGAUUUCUAUAUCUUGGACAUGAAGGAUGAGGAAGGAGUCAAGUCAUCAACUAUUAUCUUGGGAAGACCUUUCAUGAUGACAGCACGAACCAAGAUAGAUGUGCAUGCAGGAACACUGACCAUGGAGAUAGGAGAUGAGAAGGUGCAUUUUUUAACGUGUUGGAGGCCAUGA